UAAUUACCAUGGAAUGGAGAYGAGCUCCUCCAGAACGUAUAAAGGAGAACUUCCAUUCUCGUCCGGAGUAGCUGAGGAUCCUUCAUUCUCCUUUCUCCUCCUGUUUCACCACCUCCUCCACCGACUCUCCCACCUGRAAGUGCUGCCAUGAGACGAUAUUUCUCCAGAUACGGGGAUGGGAAUUUCAGCUCUUCUUCCGCUCAUUGUGGGACCUUGGGUGGUGGAGAUGGAAGAUUCGUGAGGUUUGGGCAAGGGUAUGGCAGCAGGAGCGUCCACAACCUCGGAGGGUUCAGGAAUGUCUAUGCUGGUGGAGGUUAUGGAGGAGAAGGAGUAGGAUAUGGGAGAUGCUUUGGGUUUGGUGGCUGGAGACAACCUGAGAGGGGCUUUGGUGGAAGAGGAUAUUUUGUGGGAACUUUCCAAGGUGGUGAAACAGGGCUUGGUGGCACCUACAGAGGAAGUUCAGGCAGGGAGGUGUUUGGAGGAGGGGCACAAGGGGCUGGAAGAGAAUCGGGACAGGCUGGAGUUCUCCGAGGCAUUGAGGAGGUCCACGUCAACACCAGCCUGCUGAGGCCAAUAGAGCUCCAGGUGGACCCGGAGUUCCAGCGAAUGCGCUCGGAUGAGAAGGAGCAGAUCAAGGCUCUCAACAACAAAUUCGCGUCGUUCAUCGAGAAGGUUCAAUGUCUGGAACGGCAGAACCAGGCACUCUUGGCCAAGUGGGAGCUCCUGCAGCAGCAAAGCUCUGGCCCUGAGGAGAGCAGGAACAUCAACAGCUUCUUCCAAGCCUACAUCACCAACCUGCAGCGGCAGCUUGAGACACUCCAGAGCCAAAAGGAGCAGCUGGAUCCYGAAGCUUACAACAUGCUCCAGCUUGUUGAGGAUUAUAAAAACAGAUUUGAGGAUGAGAUCAACAAACGCACAUCCAAGGAGGAGGAGUUUGUGGAGCUUAAAAAGGAACUGGACAGUGCCUACAUGGGAAAAAUGGAGUUUGAUGUCCGGGUGGAUAUCCUGAGGCAGCAGCUGGAGUUCCUCCAGUGYUUAUAUGCAGCUGAGCUGUCCCAGUUGCAAACGGUUGUUGGGAACGCUGACGUUGUUCUGUCCAUGGACAAUCACAGGGAGCUGAACAUGGAUGGAAUCAUCGAGGAGGUCAAGAARGAAUAUGAGGGGAUGGCCCAGAGGAGCAUGGCCGAAGUGGAUGCCAUGUACCGGGGCAGGUACCAGGACCUGCAGAACAUGUGGGAGAAUCAACAAGAACAGCUGAGGAGCAGUCACCAGGAAAUCCUGGACCUCGCCAGGGAGAUUCAAAGACUCCGACCAGAAAUUGAAAUUGCAAAGAAAAGGAAUUCCAGCCUCCAGGACUCCAUUAAAGACGCCGAGCACCGUGGGAGCUCAGCCCUCAGGGACGGCCAGGAAAAGCUCCAGGAGCUGGAAAAAGCCCUCCAACAGGCCAAGGAUGACCUUUCUCGCCUGGUCCGUGAUUACCAGGAGCUCCUGAACGUGAAGCUGGGUCUGGACAUUGAGAUCGCCAUGUAUCGRUCGCUCCUUGAGGAGGAGGAGAACAGAAUCCAGGAAGGAUCACCAGCCACAAUCUGUGUAAUUGACCACAAUGCCAGAGUUACUGAAGUCUUUGGAGGCAUAAAAAGUGGGAAGGGAGGAAUGAGCUCUGGUGGUACCAGUGGAAGCAGCAUAAAAGGGCCGAUCUCUGGAGGGGGAAAAGGUGGAAGCUCUGGAGGAGGUGGAUCCUGCUAUGGUGGGGGUGGAUCAAGUUAUGGAGGUGGAAAAGGCU